AUGGGUCAAAAAGCGUGGCUGCUCUUGCAUGAUGAUGAAGAGCUUCACCACCAUACUCCUUGCAGGACCGAAGAAGUUCAACUCUUCGCAAAGGAGCAUCCUCAACAUGUUCUUUCACGUGGUCCCGGAUGCGCUUCAUCGCUUUGUGCACGGCCAGAACCAUAUCCAGAGGCAUCAUCACACCGUGCCCAGCUUCUCCACCUGCCGAUAGCCGACAUCAAGAUCAUGUUUGCAGUGACAUGCCGUGAACCUUUGCUGUCAAGUUGGAGGUCCAGAGGCGGCAUUCCCAAAGCCUCCUUCUCCGCAAGUGGAAACAUGGCCGAAUUCCACUCCUUCAUGUGGAUCAGAAGCUGGGCCGCCCGGGAAGUCAAGGAGGUUGAUGCGAUCAGUGGCGAAUGCACUGGAUGCCAUGGGGAUCAAAAAGCUGAGUGCUGGGUGGAAAGCCAUGGAACUUACAUGUGGCAAGAUUUGUGCAGCUGGAUCUUCUAG